AUGGCCGCUAUGCGCGGCACCCAUCGUCGGUCCGAGUCACAGAAUGUGAACCAACGUGCACAGCUCGCGACAGCGUACCAAGAACUCGGCAAGGAGCUAGUGUCUGAAAGGAUCAGGGUCAUAGGCAACUACACCCUGGGCAAAGUCAUAGGCGAAGGAACGUACGGUAAAGUCAGACUGGGCACACAUCGCCUGACCCAAACGCGUGUAGCUAUCAAGCAAAUUCCAAAGGCCCACUCGCCGCAGCUCACGCGCGAGAUUCACCACCACCGUCGCCUCCAUCAUCGCCAUGUCACCCAGCUAUUCGAAAUUAUCGCGACCGAGUCCUCCGUAUGGCUCGUGACCGAACUCUGUGCGGGCGGCGAGUUGUUCGAUUACUUGGUCGAAAAGGGAGGUCGGCUAGAGGAGGUCGAGGCUCGGAGGAUCGUCGGAGAACUCUGUUUGGCCCUAGAUUAUGUCCAUCGCGAGGGUGCUGUCCACCGCGACCUCAAACUCGAAAAUGUUCUGCUCGAUGAGCGAUGCACCGUCAAGCUCGGUGACUUUGGUUUCACCCGCGAGUACGAGAAGAGUAAGCUCUUGGAUACAUUUUGUGGGACUACUGGUUAUGCUGCCCCCGAGAUGCUUGCUGGCAAGAGAUACACGGGAUCAGAGGUUGACAUCUGGUCUUUGGGAAUUAUCAUGUAUUGUCUCUUGGUUGGCACCUUGCCCUUUGAUGAUGAUGACGAAGAUGUGAUGCGCGACAAAAUUAUUCAGGGGGAUUUUGAGAUACCAGACUGGCUCAACUUAGACGCGGGCGAUCUUAUCAGCCACAUCUUGCAAAAAGAGCCAAACAAGCGCUAUACUAUACCCCAAAUCCUUGCACAUCCGUGGUUCACUUCGCCUAGUAGUGAAGACCUAACUAUUAAACUUCCGGUCGUAGAUGAAGCUCCUACUCCCGUAGAACCUGAAGUACCUACACCUGACCCCCAGACUCCAGCGCGGCUCUCACCCCCACAGGAUAUUCCCCUUGUCCCUCAAAAGCGUAACCCGCCUUCGCGCGCAUCCACGCUCGGCCUUAGCCCAUCCAAAUCUAUCUCAGGAUCUGACACAACAGUAUACCACUCAGCGGCGUCAGAUAUCUCCGCAGGUUCAGGUGCUUCCGUCUCUGACGAUACCAAAUCUGACUCGCGCGGGCUGACUACUCCUACAACGUCUGAUGGCGGGCCAUUAGGCGCUGCUCAACAACAAGAUGAUGACUAUCCUACCCCUAUGAAUGCUCGAAAGCCUUCGUUUGACGAGGCCCAGUCGGUCGGGGAAGCUACACUGCACCGAAACGAGAGCGAGACAACAUUACGCAAGGUCGACUUUCCCAAGGAUUUGCUCGCCACGCCUGAUCAACCGAGACGAACAUUUGAAGCCGUCCCCGAGACAGAAGAGGACGGCCAGAACGAAGAGGUUUUAUUGCCUAGAACGUCGACUUCGAGCGUCGGGAUGAAACGUACGGAGUCUGGUGGCACUGGAGAAGAAUCCAAGCUACGUGCAGGGCCUCGACACCCUUCUCAUCCUCCAACCUCAUUUCCAUCCCGUACUCCGGCGCGUACGAAACGCCGCUCGAUGUCAUCUACAAUCUCUCCACCCAUAUCUCCGACGUCUCCCACCUUUGGCCCCGGUGCAGAGCCACCUGUUGACUAUCUCGCCGAACUCUCUUUGCCCACUCCUGUGCUAUUUUCUACCCAAUUAGAAAACGAACUCUUGGAAAACAUGAGUAGCCUCGGGCUGGAUGCAUCUCAAAUUGUGCACAGCGUUCUUUCAGACGCGUGCGAUUCGACCGGGGCCCUCUGGUGGAUGAUCAAGCGCAAAGCUGAGCGAAAGGAGCGAUCCCGAGUGAGGAAGGAGUCCAUGAUGAGCAUACCUCUCGAGUUGCCCAAACUCAAAGAAAACAAGUCCAAGGAAAAGUUCAAGGAGAAACCGAGGAAACCCACGUUACUCUCCGAGCCCCAACCCCUCCCGCCCAGCGUAACAGAGGAAGGACUGGGACUAGACCUCGAGCCUCCACCUGUUCCUCCCAAGCCAACACUCGCGUUUGUUCCCCCUACGCCUACCUCAUCGGCUAUGAGUGUGCCUGUUAAAACUCCGCCGCCUACGUCUCCCAAAACAGGUUACGCCCAGUUGUCGUUGAGCAACAGUUCCCUUACACGUUCGUUAUCCCCUGAAGCUGGGUCCUCAGCUCGCUCCACCCCAACCACACCUGGACAGAGCGCCAAACGGUCUCGAUCAGAUACUGGCAAACCGCGAUCGGGUAGCGUGAGCUUAUUGCAGAGAGCUUCGACUGCACUCACAGCUGGCGUGCUUGUCAAGAAAAAGUCAGAUGAAAACACAAGGGCCAGAGCGGACGCUGCAGGGAAACCCAAACCUGAAGAGGUCACGAGGCAAGCCAAGUCUAAGUCUGACGAAACCGCUCGACUUGUCAAGGCGAAAUCGGACGAAAGAAUGGCACCAGAAGACCCAACGGCGGUCCGCCUCACUCAAGCUGCAGCGAAACUUACCAAGCUUCAACCUUCGGAGAUUGCACCGUCGGAACGUAGUUCGACAACGCCUACAUCUGUUAUUCCCUCUUCUCCUUGGGUGGUUACUUCGAAUUCGGGUGUGGCGGCUGGUGUGAUUAAGCCUACAGAUACGCCUGAAGAAUGUCCGGAGGAUACUCUGUCAUCGUUGCCUCGUAUUUCAACUUCCACCAAGCCUCGACAACGUGCAAGUUUGUUAACGGCAUUUAGGACUUGGUUCCAAGAUGACAAGAAGAAGAGGAAGGAUCAGGCUAGCCCCCAGUAUGUCGCAGCUACCAGGCGCACAAUAUCGACUCCUACUUCUGCUGGAUCGGCGCGUGGAAGGGCAAGACCUGUACGAACGGACAGCUACACUAGCAGCAAGAGACGGCGCGAGCACCGGAUGUCCAUUUCGUCCAAACAUUCAAGCAGCGCCAACUCUCGUCGGUCCUCGGUCGUUUCGAUGAACUAUCCCAUUGCAGAAGGGACUAGCCCGGUAACUCGACAACGCAGUGAUCCAAGAUCCAUGUCACCUACUAGUGAACGUGGCGGGGAAUUUUCGUCUCGUCCUUCGAGCGUGCGGUCGAUGAGUGUGUCUAUGACGCCUGUAACACCUAAUAUGCGCCGAGCCCGGCAUUCCAAGAGUCCCUCGAACUCGUCUGCUGGAUCUGGUCAUCCGGCUAGACGAGCCCAGUCACCCCUGCAACAGUACCAUCGCCGUGCCGGGUCGGGAUCGUCCACCAAAGUAGUCCGGCAAGUCAAACAACACUCUCAGCGACACAACCGAUCCAACUCGGCUGCUUCCUCCAUUCGGUCGGUACCUAAUUCGCGACCCACGUCGUUCCAUGAAGGUCUAGGGACGAUCGACUCGGACAUAGUCUUGACCUCGUAUUCCAACUCGCCUGAACCCCAGAGACGCACGUUUGGCCAGACAUCGUUCGUAGCCCAAAAGAAGAAAGGAAUUGUUUAUUCCAGUAUGGCGAGGUCGACUUGGAAAAAGUCGUGGGGUAUUGAACCGCCUGGUUGGUCUGGCCCUUCGUCCUCAAUGCCCAAACCUACCGGUAGCGCACGAGAGAGUGAUCCCCCCAGCGCGGGCCUACGAGACGUGUUUACUGGCCGACCGUCGCUUAGCCCAGACGACGAUGACGAUUGGACAGACGAUGACGAGUUUUUGGGCGGGUUUGGGCAGAGCACGAGGCUGGGAUCGUCCAAACUUGGAUUUUUGGGUAUGAGUGCGGAUCAGGGGCAAGGAUCGCCUGCGCUCAAGCGCAUGGAGCUUCCUGGGUCUUCUCAAGGCGGGCUACGGGUGAACACCCAGAAACGACCAACUCGGUUGUCCCCGUUGCAGAACAACUUGGGUCUCCCGCCUGCCGUGAGCCAGCCUCCGACGACAGAGGUGAUUUCCGAGGUGGCUCCUGCAACGUUGGCUGGUCGAAGAGGGAAUUUGCAAGCUGGACGGCAAGGGUUGAGAGGGAGUGCGAUCGAGGAAGAGGAAGAAGAGGAAGAAGAGUGA